UAUCGAAAUCUUUGCACAUUGUAGCACGAAAUUUAUCAGAACGCUUGAAAAACAGAAACUUUCGCGUCUUUCUUAGGGCAUUCUUUGAAUACCAUAAAAAAUUUAACACUUGGAAGACGCUUGACGAAUUUCGUUUAAAAAAAAUGUUAAAGUUGCAGUAUGAAGAGCUUAAGUCGCUAAAAAGGACUAUAAAUUUAGAUGAAAAGGCCAAUGAAGUGUGGGCUCCUCUUAUCCAACGGCAGCAGGUUCUGAUUCUGAAUACUUUUAAAAAGUUCAAUCAUUCUAAAGAUAACGAAGGAAAUACUUUAAAAAAUCAUUUGUGUGAAGAAUGGACUAACAAAAAUUUGGACAUUAAAUAUACCAACGACUUCUUGGCCCAUGAGCUUAUGCUUGAUCCAAAUUUUAAAUUAGAACUUCCGGAACCGCACGCUUAUGAACCAUACAAGAAGGAGUUUAUAGAGUUUCUUAGCGAUUCUCUAAAAAAGAAGGAUUACUCGUUUGCUCCAGUCUUAAUCCACAAUAUUAUGAAUAGCCUUCUACAUUGUGCGCUAGGAUCGAAAGAGGCCCAAAAUAAGUUAAAAGAUGUUUUGGAUGAUGAUCUCCUACUGCAACAGAUCUCAAGGGGCUCUCUUGAAGUGGGCGCUCUUAUGAAAUUUGUGGUAGACACCAUGGGAUCACUCUGCGCCCCCGAUAGGGACAAGAUGGUGGAGUCGCUGCGUUCUCUCGAUGCGCUGAUCAGUGAACCACUUAUUGCCGGGAUCAUCGAAACUCUGGCACUCAUGAAACUUGACGUGGCCAACUACCAACUGAGGAGCAUUCUACCUUUCUUAAAGGCUCACGGCUACCAAUAUGAGCUCGAAAUGUUUCUAAAAAGGGUGGGGGGUUUCGGCAAUUUGAAUAAAACGGAAAGAUGGCUAACAAGUGCCUUAACGCGAGGCUCGAAAGACUCUUUACAAAAAACUUUUGUCAUGGGGAUUGCCGAUAUUUUGUUCACGGCAGACAAUUGGUCGCUCAACACGUGCCCAGAGAUUCUCAAGUUAGACUACGGGAGGCUGAAAGAGAGCAUCGAGAAGAUUAAAAAUAUUGUAAAGACUGCGUGCACUCUGCUCCAUAUGGAGAUGCAUGCGCGCGCUCUACGAAAUGCUAGUGUCUUAGGUUUCAAGAAAAAGUUAAGCAACGACUUGCUGGUUUUGCUAAGCGGUAUCGAAAAAGAAUUCGACAAAAACAUUAGCGCCUGCGAGCACGCGCUCAAGUUAAUGGCUACCUUCCUUCGAGACUUAGAUCAACCAGAGCUGUUGCACAAAGAUAAAUCCUCCUUAACGAACUUAAUACUCCAAUCAUAUAAUCAAGAAAACGUUCUUAACCGACACGUCAAACGAAAGCUGCGCAGUCUCAUUGAAGAUAUCUUAAGCAGUGUGCUAAAAACUCAAACGGCCUUGAAAGAGUGGACGCUACCGAGAGGGAACGUGGAAUUCUCGGCACUGGAAAACCACCUGAAUGACCUUCUGCUUGAUAUAAAUAGAGUGGUCCUCCACGACUAUAUGGUUUACGGAGACAUAUGCAAACAAAUCAUAGCUUCGAUUCGAACGGAAACACACGAGGCUGAAACGGACUAAAGGAUGCGAAUGACA